GUCAAAUUCGGAUUGUUGUAUCAAAAACUGCUGUAUGUCAAAAACUGCUCGACGACGGGUGCUCCAUUGAGUUGAAAUUUGUUCUCACUGGAAAUUAAAUUAUUCAACUUUUAUACGCAGUUUCUCGUUAAAAAGUGUUUUAAAAUGACCGAUGACGUCAAAAGGUUCUUCCAGAAUAUGUUGCAGCGUGUUUCCGGAUUGCGGUGCGUGAUGGUAACCGAUCGGGAUGGUGUUCCCCUCGUCAAUCUUGAAAAGGAAAAACUGUCGGAAAUCGUCAUGAAGCCUGCGUUCCUAUCUACAUUUACGCUGGCCGCUGAGCAGUCCAACAAGCUAGGCCUGGGCAAAAAUCGUAACAUCAUCUCGGUGUACGCCGACUGUAUCGUGAUUCAGAUGAACAAGCUUCCGUUCGUGGUUACGUUCAUCGGAACGGAAAAUUGCUUAAACAUCGGACUGAUAUUGGCCAUGGACCAGCAAAUCGAUACUAUGCUGGAGGAACUCAAAACGGCCGUGGCGGAUUCUUAAGGCAUGGAAACUCUUAUUUGCACUAUUUUGUAAGUCUAUACAUUGUUCUUUAUUUUUCUUUGUUUGAAAAAAAUAUAUGUGUAUAAUAAAUUCUAAAAAAGAAUGCACUUUAAAAAA